AUGAACGGGAAGAACGCCGCUUACACGGCCAUAGCGCUUUCCGUGGGCGCCACGGCGAUGAUCCUUCUGAUGGCGACGCGUCUGUCAACAAAACUCGAAGAGAUCUCCGGAGAAAUCGAGCGCGACAUGUUCGAAUUCCGGGAAAUGGAAAAGCAGACCGAAGUUCACGUGCGCGUCGGUCGUUCCACAAGACGUCUGCACUUCCGUCGUCAUCGUCAAGCCACAGGCAAUUGUCAGUGUAACGGCGACAACGCCUGUCCGUCUGGUCCAGCUGGUAUACCUGGUCAAGCCGGAGAGGAUGGCACUCCAGGUUAUCCGGGUGAACGUGGAGCACCAGGGCUACGCGGAAAUGCUCUCCCUGUCGCCAUGGACCCCUCGUGGACAGUGCAGGUAAGAGCCUGCCCGAACGGCGAUCCCGGCCCACCAGGACCACCUGGACAACCAGGUCUGCCUGGAUCACCUGGACCAAAUGGAGCUGGAUGGGAGACAUCACUACCAGGUCCACCGGGACAGCCUGGACAAGCUGGAGAGCCUGGUACACCUGGUACUCCCGGCCACAAUGGACCUCCGGGUGAUCGUGGAAAUGACGGAACACUUGGUGGCAAAGGACCAACCGGCCCACCUGGACAGCCAGGAGUUCCAGGAGAAGCCGGUGUUCCUGGUGAACCUGGUGCACCGGGAAGAGACUCUCUCUCAGGAGCACCCGGAGCAAGUGGACCUGAAGGACCUCCUGGUGAGCCUGGAAGGCCUGGAACGCCUGGAUCCCCAGGACCACCUGGAGUACCAGGAAAGGACGCUCACUACUGUCCUUGCCCUGGUAGGGGUGUUGUUGGCCGAGGUGGUGCGAGCGCCAAAGAAAGUGCUGCACGCAAGAAGGUCAAGAAGGUUAAGGUCUAA